AUGGUCAAACUAUUUUCUUUAUUGUCUUUUUACAUUCCAACUCUCAUGGUUACCACUGGAGCUAUAGAAACUUUUUCGGGUUUAGCACUUCAAAGAUUUCUUAGAUGUGUUCAAACUUUUGCACCUGAAAAUUACCAAUAUGGAAUUUCAAUGGAUAAAAAAAUUAUAAUAUUUCCUGAGAUUAGGCGUCAUUUGAAUAUCACUGGUACUGAUGGUCCAAUACUUGCUUGUAUCCAAGGCUUUCUGACGGGCCAUGCCGAAAUGACAAUGACCGAGCGUGAUGGUGCAGACAUGUAUUAUACUUUCCAGGAUGGGAUACAUCAAUUGAAUGCUGGUGCACAAGAGCAUAUCGAGCAAUUUGAGCUUGUCUAUCACGAUAGAACGAUACCUGAGGACAUGUUACAACGAAUGAAUCAAAAGCUUAAAGAGCACAAGGAAAAAUAUGGUUGA